UCCACUCGCCUCGCCGCGAUCCUCUCCAAUAACACAGGCGCGCACGCACGCACGCACGCACGCACGCACGCACGCACACAGGCGAGCGAGCAGUCCGGACAGACUCUAUAGUCGCUCGGCCCGUCUCGCCGGCUCACAACGUGAUUCACUCGCGAGUAGUUCGCCUCGUCAAGUUCGCGUCGAGAGCACCGCCAGCGAAGAAGAUGACCUGCGGACAGCGCGCUGCUCGCCGAUUGUUAUAGAGCGUAAGUGUCCCCGGAGACGGCAUUGCUUCUUGCUCCGCUGCUGGUUGCGCCUCGCGCGAAAGUUUUCGCACAAUCGCUUCGCUUUGCCGAUUUCGUUUGUACGCGCUGACCCGGAAGAGGAACGAGGAACAAUAGUGCCUUGUGUCGAUCUGUGUGUGCAGCGCACGCUGGCCGAGUCUGCUGAUGUGUCGCACGAACGUCUGCCGGCGCUGACGGAGAAGGCGAGAGAAGGCGAGGAUGCGCCAGUGCUGCCGCCGCUGCUGAGAAAGUGAGUGAGUGAGGAGAAAGAGAGAGAGAGAGAGAGAGAGAGAGAGAGGGGUCUUCGUCGUCCCCGAGCGAUUUCAGAGAGGGCGCAUAUAGCCAAGCCGAGAUGCAGCAUCGCGCGGUGCUGGUGAACCUGCCCAAGUCCGAGUCGCUGGACAUCGAGUUCAGCAACAUCGGCUACUCGGUCUCCACGGGCUUCCGCAAGCCCCGCAAGCAGAUCCUGCGCGGCGUCGACGGCUGCUUCAAGAGCGGCGAGCUGACGGCCAUCAUGGGCCCCUCCGGGGCGGGCAAGUCCUCGCUGCUGAACAUCCUGACGGGCUUCCAGAAGAGCGGCGUCAGCGGCAGCAUGAACUUCCGCUCGAAGCAGGGCUGCCGCGGCUGGAGCGAGUACAAGAAGGAGUCCUGCUACAUCCUGCAGGACGACGUGCUGCACCCGCUGUUCAGCGUGCAGGAGGUCAUGGCGAUGGCGGCCGACCUGAAGCUCGGCAACAACCUGAGCCGCAAGGCCAAGCAGAUGGUGAUCGACGACGUGCUCGAGAUCCUCGACCUGGGCAAGGCCAAGGAGACGCGCUGCGACCGGCUGAGCGGCGGGCAGCGCAAGCGGCUCUCGAUCGCACUCGAGCUGGUGGACAACCCGCCGGUGAUGUUCCUCGACGAGCCGACGACCGGCCUCGACUACUCGGCCUCGCUCCAGUGCAUGGCCAUGCUGCAGGGCCUGGCGCGCGGCGGGCGCACCAUCAUCUGCACGAUCCACCAGCCGAGCGCCACGAUCUACGAGAUGUUCGACCACGUCUACAUGCUGGCCGAGGGCCGCUGCGUCUACCAGGGCGACGCGAAGAACACGGUCGAGUACCUGCGCCGGCUCGGGCUGAGCUGCCCCAAAUACCACAACCCGGCGGACUACGCGAUCGAGGUGGCCUCCAAGGAGUACGGGGACUUUGGCGAGCGGCUGGCCGCGGCGGCGCGCGACCGCUCCUGGCGGGCCGCCGCGCCCCUCAAGAGCAUCCUCUACCACUCGGACAGCGUGCUCAAGUACAGCGAGGAGGGCAAGACGACCGUGCUGAUCCGGCCGCCCUCGGAGCUCUCCAAGUUCUUCGUGCUCGUGCACCGCAGCGGCAUCCAGCUCUUCCGCGACUGGACGGUCACGCACCUCAAGCUCGCGCUGCACAUCCUCGUGGGCGUGCUGCUGGGCCUGCUCUACGUCGACGCCGGGGCCAACGGCCACAAGACCAUCAGCAACGUCUGCUUCAUGCUCGUCAACUCGGUCUACAUCUGCUACACGAGCCUCAUGCCGGCCGUGCUCAAGUUCCCCUCCGAGCUGCCCGUCAUCCGCAAGGAGUCCUUCAACAACUGGUACAAGCUACGCACCUACUACGCGGCCUUCCUCUUCACCAACGUGCCCGUCCAGCUCUUCUUCACGGCCGUCUACUCGGCCACGGCCUACUUCAUGAGCAGCCAGCCGAGCGAGCUCGACCGCUUCCUCAUGUUCCUCGUCGUCGCCAUGCUCGUCGGCCUCAUCGCCGAGAGCUUCGGCCUGACCCUCGGCACGCUCUGCAACCCGGUGAACGGCACCUUCUUCGGCGCCAUCACCACCUGCGCCUUCCUCGUCUUCGCCGGCUUCCUCGUCCUCUUCAACCACAUGCCGCGCUACAUGUACUACAUCACCUACACGAGCUACCUGCGCUACGCCUUCGAGGCCAUGGUGCACUCGGUCUACGGCUUCGGCCGGGCCAACCUGCCCUGCCCCACCGAGGGCGACGAGAUCUCCUACUGCCCGUACCGCAUCCCCGGGGUCGUGCUCCAGGAGCUCGCCAUGGCCGACACCAACUACUGGCUCAACGUCGGCCUGCUCUUCGGCCAGCUGGUGCUACUCCGGUUCCUCGCCUACGCCACGCUCAAGCGCAAGGUCUCGCGCAUCUGAGCACGUAUGAGCGCGUCCGACAGGUAGCUUUCCGACCUUUAUCUCGCGGCCGAGAACAACUGCUCGGACAGAUAUCUCCCUCUCGGCCUCGAUUCGGCCCCGAGGAAAAGCAGCGAACGAAGGAGCGCGCAGAACAGGAUCCGGGCAGGGAGCGAGAAGCCCGAGGAGUCGCUCGGAGUGCAAGAUUUCGCCGGUGCGAGAGUCAGACCUCUUCCUCUCCUGCGUGACGAUACUGGAAUCCGCACUCGGCUGCCGAUUUUCGCGUUGGAUCUGACCGGAGUUUCCUUUUUAGCUGCGAUUUCGGUGCUAUCCCCACUAAAAAGUAUUAUUAGGACUAAAAAGGCGCAGGCGAAAGCUACGAGCUCGAAGAUCGGAAGCAGCUGAGGAGCGACGCGUGUUUUUGCGUAUCUCUCUCACGACGUUCUCUUAUUAUCUCACGCACCUCUCGGCUCCGCUCCUUAAUAUACAAAAGCCUCAUUGUGACGGAGCCGCCAAAAUUUUCCCCUGUGCGCGCAAGCGAGAGAGAAUGUGGAAUCAUGCGAUCCGCGCGUAACGUGCGCUGCCUGCGAGAUUUCAGGGAUCACUGUUUUUGUACGCGGCCGCUCGUUAUUCGCUCUCGCGAUACUAUACCUAAGUCCGCGAACGCUCGCGGCCUUGACCCCUUUGCGUGACUGAUGGGACCGCAGAUAAGGAAGAUUGCGCGUGUGCAAAUAUUUUCGGCUUUCUCUGCAGCGGACAUCUCGAUUCGAGGCUUUUUUUAAAUUGCGAAAAUCUGAAUCCAUCCGUCAGGGAAAAAUAUCGGAUUGCCGUCGAGAUUUUACCUGCCGUCGCGAGAUCGACGAGUGUCGCUAUUUUUAUUUAUUUAUUUUUUUUUUCAAACUCGUGCGCACGCGAUGCCACCUUCGUUUCAUUCGGACGUUUUAUAUCAAUCAAAGGAGGCUGUGAAAAGUGUUAAAUAAAUCGCGUAAUUUCGUUGCAGAUAACUCAACCGUAAUGCGUUCGUUUUAAAAGAUGUAUCAGACAAAGACCAGAGGCGCAUUUUACGCGCAAAGCGAUUGCGAUUACGUUUUACUUCGAUUCGAUCACGGAAACGUUUACGAGAAAUGUUUCGAAAAUAUCCUGGGCGAUUUCUGCUUUAUUAACGGUCAUCAAUAAUGAUGGAUCGGGAUUUGUCAUCACAGCUCUGCCCAUCAAACUCCCCGAAAAAAGCGACGGAUUUGGCGACGAAUUUGAAUAAAACCGCACUACCGAACCGAAGAAGUCUUCGAUCAAGCGGUAAACGUACUUCCGUUACGUUAUGUCGGGCGAAGUGCACAAAACGAAAUCAACGACCUUCUCUCUCUCUCUCUCUCUCUCUCUCUCUCUCUCUCUCUCUCUCUCUCUCUCUCUCUCUCUCUCGACGGCAAAAAGUUUUACCCUGCACCUUGACGAGAAGUCCGUGUGUACGCGCAUUAGUAUUCAAACAAAACUGGUGUGCCAGCACUGGCGGAGAAAAAAAUAAUUUCAAUCCUGCACUGAAUAACAAAGUUCCCCAAUAGCACUGGCCGCACGUCGCGAAGUUCACACAGUAAAAAAACGUGCUCAGUUUGUCAACGGUGUAACGCGAGAGCGAGAGCGCAGUUGAAAAAUAGAUCCGUUAAAUGACGUCGAAUUACCUAAAGUCGAUGCCGCUCGCGCGUUCACUGUACGUGGAACUGGCGCGUGCUCGUGCAUUGCUCUACUGAGAGAUAGGUACAUUUGAAAUUUAAAUGCAGUCCCAGAGCGGCGCACGUGUGCGAUUCCCAACAAGAAAGCGUGUAUGCGGUGUCGCGAGGCCAAUAGAAUCGUUGUCUAGCGACGCUGUUUUGUCUGCGAAGGCGUUUUCCGCAAAGACUCUCGAGAGCGAGGAUUUCCAGUCCCGCGCACACUAGGUGACAUAUUAUUCCAGCUCGAGGCGGCACACGAGCUGGAUGAAUGUAGCGCUAAUGAGCGGCCGGCAGCGAUUUAUGUGGUCUUGUUGCAUGAGCGCUGGGAAUUUUUUUAACGCACCGCAGCGUCGCUAUAUCGAUUUAGUAUCGUUCGCAAUUGCGCGUGCCGAUCGUUAAACUGUGUGAGAUAUACAUUCGAUGAUUGAUGAUUAUAGUUGAUGAGUAUAGUCAACUAUGUAUUUUUUUUUUUAUUAUUUUUUAUUUGCCUUGAUACUCGCUUUACAAGCUGCGCGUGUAUGAUUCAUUGCGCUUGCGCGAUGUACGAAAAAAGGCACGUUAUGUUUGACAGAGACUAUUUUAAUUGAGAGCGAGAAUUUUAAUUGCUAACAAGAGUAAUGUAUCUAUGAGAAACGAGAAGCGAGCAAUGAAAAGAACGCGGAGUAAAAUGUUCAACAUCAUUAAUAAGUUCGCGUUGCACUGAAACUUUGUCUAUAUAACACAAUCCGCGCUUACAUUUGCUCAAACAAAACACUUGACCACUUGUGAAAUCAAAGUGUAACUUCGUAAUUGCCAUUGUGUAUAGGUCAAAGUUCAGGUACAUCAACGUAGCUAACGAGAAGAUGUUGCAAGUGGAAUCACACAGCGACUCGAAGUGCGCACUCAUUUAAAUGCAGUACCACAUUACACUUGGAACAAAUGAGACACGUAGUAAAAUUUUUAUAGCUUAUUACGCGGAGCUCUGAAUGUGCAUUGCGUCAAAUGCGAAGAAUUCAUCUCUCUGUUGUAAACACAUAAUGACAAUAUCUUUCAGCGUUAGGUGAAAAAAAA